CCAUGCGGGGUCUGGAGCUGCGGGGCUGACGGGGCCCCUCUUUCCAUGUGGCUGCACCAUGGGCUCGCGCCGGAGGAGGAUGGCAGAUCUGCUCCUGUACAUCAACGCCGCCCUCCUGGCUUAUUUCAGCUGUGCCAGCCUGUCCUGGGCAGAUGCAGACAGCCCCUCCGCUCCGGUCAACGUCACAGUGAAGCUUCUGAAGGCCAACUCAGCUGUGGUGACCUGGGAUGUUUUGGAAGAAGAAGUGGUCAUCGGCUUUGCAAUUUCGCAGCAGAAGAAGGACGUACGGAUGCUGCGUUUCAUCCAGGAAGUGAACACUACCACCCGCUCGUGCUCCCUCUGGGACCUGGAGGAGGACACCGAGUACAUUGUGCACGUCCAGUCCAUCAGCAUCCAAGGCCAGAGUCCAGCCAGUGAGCCCAUCCACUUCAAGACCCCACGAGAGGCAGAGAAAUUGGCUUCAAAGAAUAAAGAUGAAGUAACGAUGAAGGAAAUGGGAGACAAAAAUCAACAGCUGCGAGCCGGCGAAAUCUUGAUUAUCGUGGUCGUCUUGUUCAUGUGGGCAGGGGUGAUUGCCCUGUUCUGCAGGCAGUACGACAUCAUCAAAGACAACGAACCAAACAACAAUAAGGAGAAAGCCAAGAACACAUCAGAAAACAGCACCCCAGAACACCAGAGUGGGGGCCUCCUGCGUAGUAAGUUUCCAAAAAACAAGCCCUCAGUGAACAUCAUUGAAGCAUGACUGCUGAUGGAAAGGGCUGCACUUCUUUUCACCUUCUUCUCUUCAUUUUCUCCAAGAUCUGGCAGCCAAGAGGUGAAAUACUAUUAGACUUCCUGCUCAACUGGCUCAGUUAGAACCUCCCCAUUUUUGUAGUGGGAAAAAGAAAGUCUGACAAAACUUUGCAAAAUGAAGAAAAAGACUCUGCAAGGAAAAUAGCCUAAUGGGAACGUUUCCAUGAAACUGUCCAAAAACCCAGGGCCAGUCUUCAAUAAGGACUAGCUUAGAUCCCCAACUCCAUGCCUUUCAGAUGUACUGAGUGAUAACUCCCCUAAUCUCCAGCAGGUAUAUGACCUUUGUGGCUGGGGAUUAUGGGAGGUGAAAUCCACACAUUUGAAGGGGACCUGAAUAGGGAAAACUGAAUUACCUUUGCUGCUGGAGAGAAUAAGAUGUUAUAUGUCUUUUCCUUGUCCUACAUCCAACUCCUGGAAAAUAGUUCAUCUUGUUGCUAUUUUGCUUUUUGGCUACUGAGGUUAAAUUUUUAAGGAGGACAUGCUAUCCUGUAUUUCAGGCAUCACUGCCUUAGUCUCUCCUUCUGGUGGUAAUAUUGGAGACACUUUUCCUUGGACUAAACAAAACAUUUGGCUUCACGAUGAGUUCCAUUGCAGGCAUCUUGUUCUUUGUACAUCAAGCACUUAUAAUCGUUUGGAGGCAUUCAAUGUUCUUUCUUUAAAACAAAACAAAAGCAAAUCAGAAGCACAUGACAUUUUCCACCUGGGUUCUCAGGGCUCCAUUAGCUGCUGUUGCUGCUUUCAGAUUAUUUGAGCAGUUGUGUAAAUCAUCUUAUUGUCACAAUUUGUGGGAUAAUCAACAAAGAAUGCAAAAAAGAUAAAUAUAAAAAUGUUCCAGGUUUACAGAACAAUGAAGUUUGACAGCACCAUAGAGAAGAACUGAACACAUGCUGUUUUGCCUCUUAAAUAGGGAAAGUAUAAUACCCCACCUCUGUCGCAAAUAUAUGGAUUUUAUAUCCCCUUAAUUUUUUCAAAAAUGUCUUUAGAAUUAUAGUAUAGUGUAGUUCUGAAAAUUAUACAAUCUGAUGAUCCACCAAAUCAGGUUAAAGAGAGGAGGGUCUCAUUUACCAUUGUGUUUCUUAGGAGAAUAGCCAAAGGGGUGUUUCAUGGGAAUCCAUAAUAAGCACUUCCUGUUUGGCCCCAACAGUUAAUACUCUAUUUUGCACACUCAGAGUAUCAGUUAGCAGUUUUAUGAAACAAUCCAAGAUAAGGGCAGUAAGUGUCUGCCAUUAAAUGUUUUAAUAUCCCCUUUGGGGGGAGGGGGUCAUGAUCACAAUUCAUGCCCUAUUAAUUGUCCUUUUGAAAAACAAAGCAUUUGCAUUUACCUGUUUUAAACUUACUGUUUUCUUGGCUGGACCUUAAUUUUAGGGCAAGUAAAAAAAGUAAUCAAUUACUUGGUCAGAAAACUGGAACUGAGGCCAGUGAUGUGUGGUGAGGUUUAUGGCUG